AUGUCUCGGUCUCAAAAUGAAAGAGAUACCAAGUCGCCCUUGUAUGGCUGGAAUGUACAAAAUUUUGUAACUGCAGUGACAGAAGUGGCUCCCGGCCUGGAUUGGUUCAAGGUGGUUGAAAACCUUGAUUGCGACGACUUCUUUCUGUAUGAUCCUGAGGGUCUUAACGUCCUUGUGCAUGCAUGGCAAUGUAGCUCAGAGAACCAACAUCCGUUCCCGGUAAAUAAAUUCUUUGGCAAGUGGCAAAACGUCAAGGGUCAAGUGAGCGCGCUAUAUCGAAUAAUCAGUGCACCGGCAAAGCUUGUUGAUGUGUUGGCUUGUUCAAAAAGAAAAGUCAUGGAGAUGGAGGACUUCAAGUCAUGCUCGAGAGAAACCCGGUCCAUGGCAUUGCAGCUGGUUCAAAGCCAAUUGAACUCUUUAGACCUCAUCGAAUGUGUAUUGAAUAUGGGCGAAAGUAACCCAACGGACGACGUCAAGCUGUUUUUGGACAUGCUACUUCAUCAAAGCGCUGAAUUGGUGUUCCUGGGUAUGGUGCAAAUUCAGCCAAUCAAGCUUUCUUUCCAUCGUCCGCUAUUGAAGCAGCUCCUUUUACACUACCUUGCGGGCAACCCAAGCAGCACAUUAGUUUUGGCCAAAGCUCAACAGGCCAACCCGGAGCUCCUGAAGCAAGGAUUCAUUGAAAUGUACAACAAGGAUCCAAAAACGCUGACACGUGUCAUGGAUAUUGUGAUGGAAUUGCAGAUCUUCCCUGACAUCAUGGUUGAUCUGCCAUUUUUCAUGUCGAUGGAUAUGGCAGCCUUGGCAUCACGACGACAGCAUUUAAAUUUGGCAAAAUGGCUCUAUGAGACUUUACAUUCGGGCAAAGAGGGGCUUGUGCAGGCAUCGUUGGAGUUCGUUGAGCAAAAAGUCACUGCCGAGCAAAAGCGGACGGAUCCUAACGCACCAUUGACAACUAUCCCGUUGUCAUUGGACACCGUUGCUACGUUUUUGAAAACUAUAUCUGAAUGCCCGAUGAGUCCCGAGGAGCAGAGUCUCUUGAAGGAACUGCAAACCAAAAGCAUCAGAGUAUACCCCGAUCUGGCCAGUGCAGGAAUUCAAGCUGACGUUGGCAGUGCGAGUGGUGGCAGUGCUGCUGCUGCUGCUGCCACUACAGGUGCUACUGGAGCAGGAGCCGAUACCGAAGAUGCGAAUGCCGUAUCUCAGGAGAUUGAAGCCGAAGCGAACGGAUAUUACGUACGAUUAUACAGUGGCACAUUGACGAUGGACCAAAUGAUCGACUUGCUCAUGCGCUUUAGUUCUUCGCCAGUCAAGUACGAAAACGACGUUUACAAAUGCAUCAUUCACAAUAUUCUCGACGAGUAUCACUUUUUCACCAAAUACCCUGAUAAAGAACUGUCCAUCACCGCAAACUUGUUUGGCGCCAUGAUCCAAAACCGAUUGAUGCCACCAGCGGCGUUACCGAUUGCUCUGCGCCUCGUUGUUGAUGCUUUACAGAACCACGAGCCUGGCUCGAAAAUGUCCAAUUUCGGUAUUCAGGCCUUGUUGCGCUUCAAGGGCCAGAUUCCUGAAUGGCCUGAUUACUGUCGCCAACUGCUGCAGAUCCCCUAUCUGGAGCAAGUCAGUCCGGAUCUUGUUCAGUUUGUACGACGAGCAUUGCAGCAACAACAGGAUCCUGCUGGUAGUAGCAGUACACCACGAGCAGCAGCAGCAGGUCCUGCAUCUCAACCAACAGUGGCGGAUAACAACGCAGCAAGAGUAGCAGCAGGGGCUAAAGUACUAUCCGUCACUGGCGCCGGCCACGGCGGUGAUGAACGAUCUGUCUCUGAACCGGUGUUCACUGCGUUGUACGUUCCUGGAGUGCCAUAUGAUGAAGGCAAUACCGAAUACAUCACCCCAGACGAAAAGAUUCAGGACAAGAUUCUGUUCAUCAUCAACAAUAUUGCUCGUGACAACUUUGAUUCCAAACUGGAGGAUUUAAAGCAGCAAUUAGAGGCAUCAUCAUAUCAAUGGUUCAGUGAUUAUCUUGUCGUCAAGCGCGCCAGCAUCGAGCCCAACUACCACGAGCUUUAUCUCCUCCUGUUGGACGCUUUGGAAAGCCCUCUCUUGUACAAGCAUGUCCUUCGAGAGACCUUUGCCAAUAUCAAAAUCUUACUCAAUUCGGCCAAGACAACGUCCUCAUCCAGCGAACGUAGUCUGUUGAAAAACCUGGGAGCAUGGCUGGGCGGACUGACGCUUGCAAAAAAUCGACCACUCAAGCAAAAGAAUGUGUCUUUCAAGGAUCUAUUGCUCGAGGGCUAUGACAGCAAGCGUUUGAUCGUGAUAAUCCCAUUCGUGUGCAAAGUUCUUGAACAAGGCGCCAAAAGUCGCGUAUUUAGACCGCCUAAUCCAUGGCUGAUGGCAGUAAUGAAACUAUUGGUCGAGCUAUAUCAUUCAGCCGACCUUCGGUUGAAUUUGAAGUUUGAGAUUGAAGUAUUAUGCAAAAGUCUUGAUGUUGGGCUGGAAGAAAUCGAGCCUACAUCUUUACUUAACGCUGAACGUCCAAAAAAGAAAGCUAUCUCAGCUGCUGGCAGACUGGGUGAACACCACCUAGCAACUACAACACCUGGAAAGCCCACGGUUGCUUCCUCGGUGCAUACCGCUGGCUCGGAUGCAGAGGCUGCACUAUCAUCGCACGCUGAGCCAGAAUUAUCUACCAUGCUUGCCGAAAUCGCACCCUAUAUUACCUUUAAUUCACAAAUCAACAUGUACAGUACCGAACCAGACUUGAGACGUGUGGUCGUUCAAUCCAUUUUGCAGAGCGUUCGAGAGGUUGUUCAUGCUAUCGUCGAAAGAUCCGUCAGUAUUGCGGCCUUUUCGACUCGUGAUAUCAUCGCCAAGGACUUUGCGUUAGAUUCAGACGGAGAAAAGAUGCGCGAGGCUGCCCAUAUGAUGGUGUCUGGAUUGGCAAGUGGUUUUGCAAUCGUGACAUGCAAAGAAUCUUUGAAGCCCACUUUGGUCUCUGGUCUGCAUACUGUAUUCGUCCACCAUGGUAUUGCUGAGUCUCUUGCAGAGCAAGCCGCCUUCCUCACUGCAGCGGACAACAUGGAGCUUGCAUGUGUCGUAGUCGAAAGAGUGACCAUCCAGAAAGCCAAGUCCCAGGUAGAUCGUGCGCUCAUGGAAUCGUAUGCCACACGCCGAAAUCACCGUGAACAGCGACCUGAUCAGACGUACAUUGACCCUGAAUACGCAUCGAUGGCACGCUAUGUUGCCAGACUGCCUCCUCCCCUCCGAAUCACGCCCGGUGGCGUCCAGCCAGGAUACCUUGUGGUCUACGAAGAGUUUGCAAGACUGCCUCGACUCAAGUCGAUGAUGAACAACGCAGCCGCAAACGAAGGUCUUGCAGAGAAUCAGCUCGGCGGCGUUGAGCACCACCAGUACGGCAGCCCGGGCCCAAUGACACCGGGCGGUAUGAGCCACCCUGGACGCUACGAUGCUGUAUCGAUGCAAGGAUCCCAGGGGCCUGGCAACACUGCACAGAUUAUCGACACCACUGCACAACUCGUUGCUGAUCUUAGCAUCCUUGCCAAUCAAUACCACCUUCCAAGCUUUGACUCGCUUCCUGCCCAACACGACAUCCGCUUGAUCAUCCGUGAAAUCCUGUUGUUGGUGAUGUCCAGCUACGACAAGACUGAAAUUGUCCGUGAACUUGCCCAGCGGCUCAUGCAGCUUCUGUACCGCAGUGAAACACAGCUGGCUAUUGAAACACAUGUCGUGCUCUUGGACCGUCUGUGUGAAAUUUCGCCCGAGGUUGCUCAGCAGGUCAAGGCAUGGAUUGGACGUGCAGACGAUGAACGCAAGUUUGUGCUGCCAGUGACGCUUGCUCUGAUCAAAGGUGGAAUGAUUCAUUUGCCUGACUAUGAUCGCGAACUGUCUCGACUUGUUGAACAAGGUCAUACUGGUGCGGUCGAUUAUACGGCACGUUUGAUCCAUGCGACGCUGUUUGCAGACCCUCCGUUGGCUACAAGACAAGAUAUGAUCACAUCCCUUGAGGCAAUAAGCCGUCUGCGUAGUCCUGCACCCGACAGCGUCAAGUUAUUGAUGAGCGAAAUACGGCAGCUGACAGCCAUCGAACGAAGCGAGUACGAAGCAUCUAUCUGUGAGCAGUUCCGGGUGCAGUUUGUAGAUUGGGUCAAGCACUGCCAACUUGCAGCAGCAACCGAGCAGUCGCGACGCACAUUCAUCGUGCAGCUCUUUGAACAAGGCAUCUUCAAGAAUGGCAGUAACAGCGAAGCCGUGUCGCUGUUUUUCCGUAUUGCCAUUGAAACGUCGGUCGAGCACGCCAUGCGCCAGAUGGACAAGGAUGCCAACAAGCUGUCCGUGUACAUUCCGAUGGAUGCUUUGGCCAAGCUUCUUAUGGGCUAUUCUCAGUUGCUCGUCGAGAACAGUGGAGAACGAAACCACGAUCUGACCCAGUUUUUGUCGGUCAUCAUUGUUGUGCUGGCGCGUUAUCACGAAGCACGGCAGCAGCAGUUUGAUCAGCGACCAUUUAUGCGCCUGUUUGUUAGCUUAUUGAACGAGUAUCACCGAGGCUCGGAUGCUCUGUGCUUCACUGCACUCUCGGCUAUCGGCAAUAUCCUAUAUGUUGUUCAACCUAGACAUUUCCCCGGUUUUACAUUUGCCUGGUUCCAGCUCAUCUCACAUCGCAUGUUCAUGCCCAAGUUAUUGUUGACCGAAAACCAAGCGGGCUGGCCGUUAUUCCAUCGCCUUUUGUCUUCUGGCCUUCAAUUCAUGAGCCCAUAUCUAUCAUCCGAGCUUCGAGACACAACUCGACUGCUCUAUAAAGGUACUCUACGCAUGCUUUUGGUCCUACUGCAUGAUUUCCCCGAGUUUUUGUGCGACUACCAUCAAAGCUUCUGCGACGUCAUUCCGGCAUCGUGUGUGCAACUACGCAACUUGGUCUUGAGCGCGUUCCCUCGCAACAUGCGUCUGCCCGAUCCAUUCACUCCACAGUUGAAGGUGGACUUGCUUCCCGAGAUCCGGGUGGAGCCACAGAUCUUGUCAGACUACACAGCAGCACUUGAACCAGGCAAUUUCAAGGAGCAGAUUGACGAGUAUCUGAAGACGCAGUCACCUAGCAACUUUUUGGCGACAGUGUGCGACCAACUGAGAACGGACGGUGAAUAUGAUGUCUCCAAGAUCAAUGCAUUUGUGUUUUACGUCGGAUUGGACGGUAUUGGAAAGCAGACCGAAGUGCAUCAAAGCGUACACUGGAAGGCCCUUGAGCAAGUUCUUGUUCAACUGGACCCUGAAGGUCGCUACCUUUACUUGAGCGCGAUUGCCAACCAAUUACGCUAUCCCAAUAGCCACACGCACUAUUUCAGCUGUGUCUUGCUCUCGCUAUUCAAAGAGUCCAACGACGAGUUUAUCAAGGAACAAAUCACACGUGUGCUGCUGGAGCGAUUGAUCGUCAACCGUCCACACCCAUGGGGUCUACUGAUCACGUUUAUCGAAUUGAUGAAGAACCCAUCGUACAAGUUCUGGGAAUACAAGUUUGUCCGAUGCGCCACUGAUAUUGAACGCCUCUUUGAAAGCGUAUCUCGGUAA